GAGUGGGGAGAAUGGAAUGCGGCGCAGAGGUGAGAGGAAGGUGACGGCGCGUGGUGUUGAUGGCGCAUUAUUUAAUUAUUCUGAUUAUUUUGAUCGAUUUGAUUGUGUGUUUUAAUUAAAUCUUAUUAUAAAUCGUGCGUGUUCAGUAAAAAAAUCUGUCGUCUUAAAUCCUGAAAUAUUGCUAGCUAAAGUUAAAAAGCAAGCGCUUCUAUCAGCUGAUUGCCCAGCUGUAUGGAUUUUUAUAUUUUAUGAUAGAAAUGAUGAUAAAUAUGUGCGAUUGAUGUUGGAUAUAAAAAUUAUAUAUAAAAAGAGAGAUGGCUGGUUUGCAUUUAAUACAAACAUAUUCCUCCGACUCGGACGAAGAUAAAUGCGCUGUAGAGAAAGAAGAAGACGAUAAAAUUGUAAACAAGCUAGCUUUACCUGCAAGUAUUUUAUCGUUGAAAGGAGCUACAAAUGAUGAAGAAGUGAUCGACAAUCCAUCAGAUCAUUAUGGACGGAUACGGAGCUUUAAACAUGAACGUGGUAACUGGGCAACUUUAGUUUACAUAGAUUAUACUGUCAGUGAUUGCCUUCGUACCUGGAUGAAAUCUAUAUUGAAUGAACUGCCAGUCCAAGGCGAUAUUAUUUCUAGUCUUCAUAUUAGUCUCAGUCGUACUUUGGUCCUAAAGUUUCAUUGGAUUGAAUCAUUUGUGGAAGGUUUGAAAUUGUUGUGUCGUGGAUUUCAUCAAUUUGUCAUACAACUCACAGAUGUUAAAGUAUACUGCAAUGAAGAGAGAACUCGCACAUUCCUUGGAAUUUACUGUCAAGAUGAGGAUGGUACAUUGAAGUGCGUAACAGAAGCUAUUGACUGUUUAUUAGCUGAAUAUCAGUUGCCAUCAUUUUAUAAGGAUAUUUCAUACCACAUUAGCUUCUUUUGGUGUCUUGGAGACCAGCAUGCAUUUGAAAAAUUUCUGCCAUCCCUUACUUGCAGUUUAAAUAAAUUUUUGGCAGAAAAUGUGGAAGAUGCUUAUGUACACGUCAAGGAGAUACAAUGCAAAAUUGGGAAUAAAUGUUAUUCCUUUGAACUGAAAUAAAUUGAACUACAAAAUAUAUUUUAGAAGAGUAUAUAGCCUUAUUUAUCACUAAUAAAGGUAAAUGAUCAUUUAA